CUCAUGAACGUUCUGUACCAUCAGUAAUGCAUAAAGUACAACUCCUAAAUGGAGCCAAUUAUGCAGAAAGAAACAAAAAAACAGUAACGAUGCAACAAUAGCUAACCUUGAAUUCCAUUGAUCCUUACUUAGGUUUUCUUCACAAACGCUUUUUCAUAUAAUUCCAUCUUCACAGUUCGAUCAGUGGAAUUCAACUACAGUGUGGAAUUGUUUGUUCUUCUGACGGUCGUUGUCAAUGGCAACUCCCGGUGGACCUAGACCCGGUAAUCUACCGCCUAAUUAUAACCCUAAUUCGAUUGCCAAUAACAUGCAAAACCUGCAAAUCAAUCGCCCUAAUCAGCCACCCAAUUCCGGUGGUGGACCUAGAGGUCCGCCUCCCCCUUUUGGACACCAACCCCGACCACAACCACAACCCCAACCCCAGUCACAACCUUUUCCUUCAUCCCCGUUUCCUGGAGCACCACCACCUGGUGUUGUUCCUAGAGGUGCAAUGCCACCACCUAGCGGACCACCACAAGCUGCAUUGCCACCUUUCAUGGCCUCUAAUCGACCAACUAGUGGUGUUAGUGGUGGUGGUGGUCCGCCUGGUAGUAACCAACCUCCUCCAUCUUCUUCAAGGCCAAUGGCUCCUCCAGGUCUUCGUCCAGGUCCGUUUUCAACCUCCCCUGGUGGUGGACCUGGACAUGGCGGUCCAUUGAGUAAUGGACCGCCAACUUUUGGACAAGGUGGCAUGCAAGGUGGUCCUACCAACCCUCCAAGACCAUCAGGUGGACCUCCACCACCUCGACAAACCAUGCCACCUGGUCCUCCCCUUUUGGGGCAAAAUAUGCAAUCAAGCAUUGGAAGCCAGUCCAUGAAUGCACCACCAAGACCAGUACAACCACAACCAGCUCCACCUUUUUCAGCACCACCUCCAGGUGGCAUACCUCCUCCUUUUUCAGCCCAAGGUCAAAGCAUACCUCCAUUUGGAGCUCAACCAUGGCAAAUGCAAUCUCGUCAAAAUAUGCCACCUGGCCCACCUCCACCUUCUUCUGUCUCUCCUCAACCUCCAAGAAUGAUUGGGAUGCAACCAUCACUUCCAAAUCAACAAUCAAUGGCUACAAUAUCACCCACCAUGGGCCCCACUGUAGGCACAGGACCUUCAAGAAUUGACCCUAACCAAAUCCCCCGCCCUAUUCCAUCUUCCUCCAUACUUUUGCACGAAACCCGCCAAGGAAAUCAAGCCAAUCCUCCACCGCCUGCUACAAGUGAAUUCAUUGCAAGGGAUACUGGAAAUUGUAGUCCAAGGUACAUGAGGUGUACAAUUAAUCAGAUUCCAUGCACUUCUGAUCUGUUGACCACAUCCGGGAUGCCUUUGGCUUUAUUGGUGCAACCCCUAGCCCUCCCUCAUCCAUCUGAAGAGCCUAUUCAAGUAGUUGACUUUGGUGAAAGUGGACCAGUUCGUUGUUCACGUUGCAAAGGCUACAUUAAUCCAUUCAUGAAGUUUAUUGAUCAAGGAAAACGAUUUAUCUGUAACUUCUGUGGUUUUACGGAUGAAACUCCCCGUGAAUAUCAGUGUAAUUUAGGUCCAGAUGGAAGAAGGAGAGAUGCUGAUGAAAGGCCUGAGUUAUGUAGAGGAACAGUUGAAUUUGUUGCUACAAGAGAAUUUCUGGUGAGGGAACCAAUGCCAGCUGUCUUUUUCUUUCUUGUUGAUGUAUCAAUGAAUGCCAUACAAACAGGUGCUACAGCUGGAGCUUGUAGUGCUAUCAGUCGAGUUGUUGCUGAUCUUCCAGAGGGUCCUAAGACACUAGUGGGAAUUGCUACAUUUGACUCAACUAUCCAUUUUUAUAAUCUGAAACGCGCAUUGCAACAACCAUUGAUGUUCUUAGUUCCAGACAUACAUGAUGUUUACACUCCUCUCCCUUCAGAUGUUGUUGUUCAACUUUCUGAGUGUCGUGAGCAUCUAGAUUUGUUGCUGGAAAGCAUCCCAACUAUGUUUCAGAAUAAUAAAACAGCUGAUUCAGCUUUUGGUGCUGGAAUGAAGGGUGCUUUUUUGGCAAUGAAGAAUACUGGAGGAAAACUUUUGGUAUUUCAAUCAGUCUUGCCUGCUGCUGGAAUUGGCGCUCUUUCUGCUAGAGAAGCUGAAGGAAGAAGUAAUAUAUCUUCAGGAGAAAAGGAACCUCAUAAAUUACUUCAACCAGUAGACAAGACUUUAAAGACAAUGGCUAUUGAAUUUGCAGAGUAUCAGGUUUCUGUUGAUGUAUUUAUAACAACACAAAGUUAUGUGGACAUUGCUUCAGUUUCCGUUGUUCCAAGGACAACUGGAGGGCAGGUGUACUAUUAUCACCCUUUUUCUGCUCUCUCUGAUCCCGCAAAACUUUAUAAUGAUCUUCGAUGGAAUGUCACAAGACCUCAAGGUUUUGAAGCAGUAAUGCGUGUCAGAUGUAGCCAGGGUGUUCAAGCAGAAGAAUACUUUGGUAACUUCUGCAAACGCAUUCCUACAGACAUUGAUCUCCCUGCGAUUGAUUGUGACAAAACGAUAAUGGUAACGUUAAAACACGAUGAUAAAAUGCAAGAUGGCACAGAAUGUGCUUUUCAGUGUGCACUUUUAUAUACAAGUGUAUAUGGGCAACGAAGAAUACGAGUAUCCACCUUAUCUUUACCAUGUACAACUAUGCUCAGUAAUCUUUUCCGCUCUGCUGACCUGGACACCCAAUUUUCAUGUUUUUUAAAACAAGCUGCAAUUGAAAUCCCUUCAAGCCCAUUAGUGCAAGUAAGGGAGCAAGUGACAAAUCUUUGCAUCAACAUUCUUCAUUCUUAUCGCAAAUUUUGUGCCACCGUGUCAUCAUCAGGACAGCUCAUACUUCCAGAAGCACUCAAGCUUUUGCCUCUGUACACUCUCGCUUUGAUUAAAAGUAUUGGGUUGCGAAGUGAUGGGCGUAUAGAUGAGAGAUCGUUUUGGAUUAAUUAUGUUCUUCCUUUGUCUACUCAAUUGGCAAUCCCUCUUGUGUACCCAAGGAUGAUAAGCGUACAUGAUCUCAAUUCAAAGGAGACAGAUGGAUCUGUGAUUCCUCAUGCUAUUCCCUUGUGUAGUGAACAUGUGAGUGAUGAUGGAAUCUAUCUUCUUGAAAAUGGUGAAGAUUGUUUAGUUUAUAUUGGAAACUCUGUAGAUCCUGAUAUAAUUCGCAAACUGUUUGGCGUUUCUUCGCUUGAUGAAAUUCCUACUCAGUUUGUGUUACAACAGUAUGGUAAUCCUUUGUCAAAGAAGCUAAAUGAGGUUAUAAAUGAAAUAAGAAGCCAAAGAUGUAACUAUCUUCGCAUGAAAUUAUGCAAGAAAGGAGAUCAAUCAGGAAUGUUGUUCUUUUCGUAUAUGGUGGAAGACAAGUCUCCAAAUGGUCUCUCAUAUGUUGAGUUUCUAGUGCAUGUUCAUCGACAAAUUCAAAGCAAGAUGAAUUGA